CAUGCGUAUUUUUGUCUCGCGACAAAUUUUGUGGCCCUGGUGGGCUCUUCUUGAUCAGAGAAAAUCUCACAAGAGGGCCCAAUAAUUUGCUCGAUCUUGUGGCGUUUCUUCCUCGUCUCCAUCUCCACCGCUAGUGCUUGGCUGCCUCCUCGUCAGAUUCUAGGAGAUGGCAUCAGCAGCAAUGUCUACUCUGAACCUGAGUUCAUCUCCUCUGACCAAGCAGCAGCUCCGAUUUGGAGCCAGCACACUCAGUGCAGAACACGUCAGUGGCUUCAGCUCUGCAAGGCCAGCUCCAUCGUUGUGCUGCUCCAGCUCUCACUGGCGAGCGGUCAAGCUGAGACCGAGACGGCGGCCAUGGCGGCGCGCCGGGAACCGGGUCGUCGCGCAGGCCGGCGGCUACAAGGUCGCCAUCCUCGGCGCCGCCGGUGGGAUCGGGCAGCCGCUCUCGCUCCUCGUCAAGAUGUCGCCGCUCGUCUCGGCGCUGCACCUGUACGACAUUGCGAACGUCGAUGGUGUCACCGCCGAUCUUGGACACUGCAACACGCCGGCGAAGGUCGCCGGGUUCACCGGAAAGGAGGAGCUCGCCGGUUGUCUUGCCGGCGUGGACGUCGUCGUCAUCCCCGCCGGCGUGCCGAGGAAGCCAGGGAUGACGCGGGAUGACCUGUUCGGCAUCAACGCCGGCAUCGUGAGGGAGCUCGUCGAGGCCGUGGCGGACCACGCGCCGGCGGCGCUGGUGCACGUCAUCUCCAACCCGGUGAACUCCACCGUGCCGAUCGCCGCCGAGGUGCUGAAGCGGAAGGGCGUGUACGACCCGCGGAAGCUGUUCGGCGUCACGACGCUGGACGUCGUGCGCGCCAACACGUUCGUCGCGGAGAUGAAGGGCCUCCCGCUCGCCGACGUCGACGUCCCGGUGGUCGGCGGCCACGCGGCGGCCACCAUCCUCCCGCUGCUGUCCAAGGCGAGGCCCAAGACGGCGUUCACCGAUGAGGAGGUGGAGGCGCUGACGAGGCGGAUCCAGAACGCCGGGACCGAGGUGGUGGAGGCCAAGGCGAAGGCCGGCGGCGGGUCCGCGACGCUGUCGAUGGCGUACGCGGCGGCGAGGUUCCUGGAGGCGUCGCUGCGCGGGCUCGACGGCGACGCCGACGUGUACGAGUGCUCGUACGUGCAGUGCCAGGCGGUGCCGGAGCUGCCGUUCUUCGCGUGCCGGGUGAAGCUGGGCAGGGACGGCGUCGAGGAGGUGGCGGCGGCGGGGGCGGAGCUCCGGGGGCUCACGGAGUUCGAGGCGCGCGCGCUGGAGGCGCUCAAGCCGCAGCUCAAGAAGAGCAUCGACAAGGGCGUCGCCUACGCGCAGCAGCAGCCAGCGACGGUGGCGAUGGGUUGAAAUUUGACAUACUUUUCGCAGCAUUUUGCGAGUGAUUACCAUUUGCUGAAUGCAUUUCCGUGCCAAUUUUGCAGUGGUGCUCCAUUAGUGAUGACCGACAAAAGAGAGAUGAGAGAGUAUGACUGGUGGACCCCAUCAUUUUUUAUUCAAAAAAUGCUGACUGGAUUGCCACA